ACGUGAGUGCCUGAGCCGUCUCUGCACCCAUGAUCAGCCAAGUUAAAUCGACAUGUCCCUAAGCUGUCGUGUGCUCGAGACGUAUCACAAAUACUUCGUCAUCAUCAUCCAAGUCUUCAUCACCGCUCUCCUGACCGUCCGGACGUAUGCGCUUUACGAGCACAGUAAACGGAUCUUGGCCCUCAUCAUGGGCUUCAUAGUCGUCACCGCAGGCUUGGGGCUGUGGGCUACCUUUCGCCUGAACAUCGACCAAGCCAGCACAACGUACCAUGCCGAGCCGUAUUUCGGGUGCACCAACACCACCACCCGGACCCAGGCGCUGAAUUUCGCUGCUCCCUGGACCAGCCUGUUCCUCCUCGAUUGCGUCAUAUUCGUGCUCACUGUCAGGAAGGCGUUCCAUGGAUUUCGCGAUCGCCACAGCACGGGCAGCGAGCUGUUCACUGUCCUGCUACGCGAUGGCUCGGUGUAUUUCGCGUGGGUCUCAUCUGCUCAGUACUUGCCCGCCCCCAUUACUGGACUACCCCUUACCCAGUGUGAUGGCUCUCGCGCACUUGUCGAACAUCAUGACAUUCUUUGUGAGCAUCUUCACUGCUUUCACAAGUGUGCCCCACGGCUGACUCGGUUGCAGUUCGGAACAGAUUACACGCGUGGGAUCGCGACGACCUUCACGAGCAACAUCGGCUCUCUGAUGAUAUCGCGGCUCAUGCUGAACCUCCGCGACCCCGAUCUCAGCGAUCUCAACCAGACGGGCCAUACCAGGAACCCUGAAGAAACUGAACUGACCGCUGCGAUCCAAUUCGCGUCUGUGGCUCCAGGAAGCCAAAGCUCGGAAGGCGCGGGUUGAAUUUUUCUUUCGCUGUUGUAAUCAUUGUAAGCAAGUACUGUACGUCGUUAUCGCUCGACCUCACUGUAUCAUUUGUCGUUGGAAAUCGUUCCUCUCCGGUAUCUCCCGCCAGGCCCUGCAUAGAUCCACCCCCGAUGCUGCAGCCAGGGAUCCGUGGCAAGAAUGAGCUUAGUCCCGCUCAUUUCUCGCGCUCAAUUCGCUUCGAGUCAAGUCUCCAAAUCAAUGAUAUGUCAAACCGGUUCUCAGCAUUCCCGUUCAGGCCCUGCAUUUCUGCUUGAGCUCGCUCUUGACUCAUUACGCAUAGCUUUCUGACUGCUGUGGAGCGAAAUGAGGCGGGGGCGGUCGAGCCCCCCAGAAGGCUUCCACCUCGUCUCGUUUCUGUGCAGACAUGGGGGACAGCCUUGCUA